AUGGCUACAAACCUUUUAAUAUCUGAUUCUGGAUUGACUAAAAUUAAAGAAAUCACCAAAAAUAAUGACAUUUUUCAUCAAUAUGAUAAGUUCGAAGAAUUUGAAGUUAUUGGAAAUGGAUCGAGGGGAAUUAUUCAAAAAGCAAUGUCUAUAACUUAUCAAAAAAUUGUGGUAUUAAAAGAAUUAUCACAAUCUCAAAACUAUUCUUUCAAAGAGCUUAUUAAUGAUGUUCAAAAAUAUCAAAAAAUAGAUAACCAUGAUAAUAUUUUAAAAUUAUUUGGCCUAACACUACGAGACCUUCAAAAUGUUAACUUAUCUGAUAUUAUUCAAACUGCAAGCACAUCACCAGUUUUAUCUGUUAAAAAAAAUUCGCACAAUGAGAAGAAAAUUAAAUUAAAAAUUGAUAGUAAAGGUAUACAGGAUUUAAUACAAACUUAUCAAGAACAAUAUGAUAAUAAGGCUAAAGAAUUAGACUUGCUUAGCACGUUUUUAAAGAUAUUGAAGCAAUCAGAUGAUAAUAUUCAGAGCCCUUUCUCAAAUUCGAUGAUAUUUAAUCAAUCAAAAUUAAUUAUUGAUAAGAUUCAAAAUACCAUAGGAGAGUUAACAGCAUCUAAUAUUUUCGACAAACUUAAUGAAAACUCUGCAAAUAUAUUAUCCUUAUCACAAUCGAGUAAUUUAGAAAAAAAUUCCAACAUGCAAUAG